AUGCCGCUUGCAACAAUCGAGCCGCCCUUGCUGAACUCUGCCAACCCGUGGUGCAGCACGCGAGAAGACCUCGAAGCACUCUACGCAUGUCCACACACAGGCGCUGUAACAACAAGGACCAGUCUACUGCUCGGCUUCCCGCACGACGAUGCCAUUCACCAACAUGCCUUCUUCUCUACAAAGUCACAAACGGCCACGACGGCGCCAGACUACACCAUCACCGGGAAAGAGUACCCAGCCAGUCUCAACACACUCGGCUACUCGCCCACACCCAUAAACACCUACCUCCACUGGAUUGCACAAAUCGUUGCCGCUUGCCCGAAUACAAGACCCAAACCGUUCAUCGUCUCAGUCACAGGAUCCCCACAAGAGGUUGCAGAGUGUUAUACGCGAGUCGCCGCACUCGCUGCCCGUAUCUCAGCGCCCCUUGCCGUCGAAGUGAAUUUGAGUUGCCCCAAUAUCGCGAACAAACCACCGCCAGCCUAUUCUGGUUCUGCCCUGAAAGAGUACAUCAAUGCUUUAGAGAACGUCCCACGCACAGUGCCACUAGGCUUCAAGACACCGCCAUACACAUACGCUGGUCAAUUCAAGACGCUGAUAGACACUUUGUGCGCAAGUGGGAAGUCACCGAUUGAUUUCAUAACUGCGACAAAUACUCUGGGCUCUUGUCUUGUACUCGCUGGCGAGCAACCCUUGCUUGCAUCGGCAGCAGGUACGGGCAUUGGAGGACUUGCAGGCGAGCCCUUACAUCCGCUAGCUCUGGGCAAUGUCGCUACGCUGCGCCGGUUGCUUGAUGAGCAUCCCGAGUUACGCGAUAUCGAUAUCAUCGGGGUUGGCGGUGUCAGUGACGCGGCUGGACUAUCACGUAUGCAGGCUGUGGGAGCCAAAGUCGUAGCCGUAGGCACAGCUCUAGGAAGAGAAGGCUUACCGGUGUUUGCUAGGAUUCUGCACGGCACAAAGACCUCGAAGUUGUGA